GACAAGCGCGAUUAGCUGUACAGAUAUAGAAUUUAAUGGAGAAUCAGACACCGUAAGGAUUGCUGGAAUACGGUAGGAGGAAAGGAGAGGUUUCACAUUGAUGGUAGGCUGGUCGGGAAACGCUCACACAAGAGAAAGCAGCGCCAAAACAAGAGCACCCCGUACCCUCUGCGUGCCGUGAAAAAAUAGUUCAAGGCUGAAGUCAACUGGCAUGCCUUGUUGAAUCGUUGUUAGAUUCAUAUAUGGGGCUUUCUGUUAGCUAAACAAAUCUUUUAACAGCCUACAAAACACACGCUCUGUUGAAUGAUACUAGGGAGCCAUGUUGGAGUUAGCAUAUGGUAGUGACAUGUGGCGAAAAGAGGCAAUUUGAAUCAGGCAGAUGAUGGUUUGCACGAAAGGGAAGUGAACGGCCUGUAGCCUGCGCUCGGCGCGGCCAUGGGUACAGUGAAUACGCUUGUAUUUGGAAUGUUACCUGCUCAGCGCUCGCUAGUCCCGUAAAUAAACAACAUACUACGCGAAUGACGUGUGUACUAUUGCCGAAAGGAAGAUGGAUUGUAAGUUUUGUCCAUUUUCCCGAUCAGAAGGACUGCUUUCACGUCCUAUGAAGGCCAUCGUUUUGAUACUGUUGUUCAACGUCGGACCGUUCGUACGAACAGAGGAAAAUCCAGGCGAGGUUGGCGUUUGUGAAUCGUUGGACAUCCGGAACUCGAUCACAGAGUUCUCAAAGUUGAAAAACUGUUCUGUGAUAGAAGGUAAACUGUCCAUUCUGCUCAUGCAUAAUGUCAGUGCUGCAGAGCUCGAAAAACUAUCCUUUCCGAAACUGGUGGAAAUAACAGACUACCUGCUGCUGUUCCGCGUACAAAAUCUAAAAACUUUACGGAAUUUAUUUCCUAACCUGGCUGUGAUCCGUGGUCAGAAUCUGAUGUACACAUAUUCCCUUGUCGCAUUUGAAAUGCCUCACCUGGAAGAAAUCGGCUUGGUGAAUUUGACGCUUAUGGAGAGAGGUGCCGUCCGCUUGGAGAAAAAUCCAAAUUUGUGCUUCACUCAGACGGUAGACUGGACAAGGAUAGCGAAAUCAGCCAAACCAGAUGAUCAUUACAUUAGAGAAAAUAAGAAUGUGAGAGACUGUUUGCAGUUCUGUCCCGACAACUGUAAAGCAACGCAGAGGAGCAAAGAUGACAAGACCAAGGUUAAGCGAUGCUGGACGGUCAAUGAUUGCCAGAAAGUCUGUGAUGAUCCAAACUGUGAUUACUGCGACGCCAACGGGGCGUGUUGCAGUCCGCACUGCGUGGGAGGCUGCACUGGAAGAAGUGCCAGUGAAUGCAUCGCCUGUAAGAAAGUAGUGUACAAGAAUAUCUGUCAACCACGCUGUCCUCAAGGCACUUACUUGUUCCAAGAACGCCGCUGUUUAACACGUCAGCAGUGCAUAGAAAAGAGCAACUGUCAGACCUACAAGCUGGUGGAUGGAUUGGAAGAUGAACACCCGUCCAAGUGUGUCGUGUCCUGCCCAAAGGGAUACACUGAACAGGACAUGAAAUGUGUCAAAUGUGAAGUGGGAAAGUGCCCUAAAUUUUGCACCCCAGCUUACAUAGACAGCGUUGCCUCGGCGCAAAGGUUUAAAGACUGCACUGUUAUCCAGGGUCCCCUCGUGAUUCAGCUUCUUGGUGGCACAAACAUUGGUCAGGAGCUUGAGGAAAGCUUGGGGCAAAUCGAAAGGGUAACACAUUUCAUCAAGAUUACCCACUCUUAUCCCUUGCUGUCCUUUCACUUCUUCAAGAGCCUUAAGACAAUCCACGGGGACCAGCUGGUCAGCGAUCAGUUUGCUCUCUAUGUCCUGGAGAACCAAAAUCUUCAGGAACUUUUUCAUCCAGAUGUGCAGAAAAAGCUGAAAAUUGACCAAGGGAUCGUGUUCUUCCAUUUUAACCGCAAACUGUGUUACAACAAAAUCGAAGAGUUUGUCGACGACGUUGGGCUGCGAAUGGCUGAUCUCAAGGACUGGGUUUCCACACAGAAUAAUGGUGACCAAGCCACCUGCUCCAUGGAAAAGCUCAUCCUCAAUGUAUCAGGCACAGCUGCCAAUAACGUCAUUCUGCGCUGGAACAAUUUUGUGCACGGAGACCAACGCCAGCUGUUGCGAUAUGUUGUCAACAUUAGAGAAUCAAAUGGAAAAGAUAUGGAUAUACAUCAAGGAAGGGAUGCCUGCACGGUUGUAUGGAAGACUGAAGACAUCAACCCCUCCUAUGGGAAGAACGACACGAAUGUUUAUCAUCUUGUGGGUGAUUUGAAACCAUACACAAUGUAUGCUGUCUACGUUGAAACAUAUAUGAUAUCGGGAGCCAGCACCGGAGCUAUGAGUGACAUUGUGUACUUUCGUACACAUCCAAAAGCGCCUGAAGAGCCUGACAAUCUGAGAGCACAGGCAGACUCCCAUACCGCCCUCACAGUCAAGUGGGAUCCCCCAAAGAACCCCAACGGUAAUGUCACGCAUUACAAGAUCUACUGGAAACCGCGUGAUACGCCCAGCAUGAUGGGAUUGGACCGAAAAGAUUUUUGCAAAGAACCAUGGGUACCUCCGGAGGACCACGUGGAAAAGGAAGAAGAAGCGGAAAAGGUGAAGCAGAAGAACAUCUCAUCUGUCGACGGUCAGCCGUGCUGUGCCUGUCCCAAAUCCAAGAAGCUGCAGGAAAAAGAAGAGCAAGAUCGGCAACUGCAGAUCCAGUUUGAGAACUCCAUCCACGACACAGUGUUCAAGAAAAGGAUGGAAGAACUGGACCUGGAUAAGAAUUGCCCUUCCCGUCACAAGCGUGAUGUGACCACGUUCUUCAGCACUGAAAGUCCAUUCCGGGCUUUGUAUGACAAGAGCAGGACGACCCCUAUCACAACACCUCUACCAAGUCCUGUUAACACCACGACGGAAAACUCCAACGCUUCCUUCCAGCACUUAAUGGCAGACGUAUUUGCCACACACUACACCAUCACCAACCUGCGACAUUUCACCGAGUACAGCAUAGAGAUCAUGGCCUGCCAGGAAAUUGACCCUCCUACGAAGAUCGGAAAGUGUGGUGUUCAAGCGUUUGUGACGGCUCGAACAGCUGCUCUUAAAUCUGCUGAUGAUGUCCCUCUUGACAGCAUUGAGGCUUCUGUAAUCAACAACAAAACGAUUAACUUGAUAAAAAUCACCUGGCUACCUCCACCUCAACCCAAUGGUUUUGUUAUCACCUACGAAUUGGAGUACAGACGGGCAAAAGACGAUCAUCAGGCCAGUAUUGUGUGUAUCAGACAGCAGGACUUCACCAAGACGGGUGGCUAUGACUUCAAACAGCUUGUUCCGGGAAACUAUAGUUACAGGGUUCGAAGCAGCUCCUUAGCUGGGCCAGGCGAUUGGACCGAUGCGAAAUACUUUAUUGUUCCUGAACCAGGAGAACCUCCCACUGAGGCACCAAUCAUCAUGAUCGUCAUAUCAGUGGUUGUCAUCGUUGUAAUCAUCAUAUUCAUCGUCAUGUGGUUCUGCGCAAAGAGCAGGUUUGUCAAUGGGCAUGAUACGAUGUAUACAUCUGUAAACCCGGACUACUUUUACAGUGCAUACACACCCGACGAGUGGGAAGUUGAUCGUGAUAAGAUUAGUCUCAUCAAGGAGCUAGGUCAGGGUUCAUUUGGAAUGGUAUACGAGGGAGAGUAUGCAGACGGAAGCCCGAAUGGACCAAGGAUGGUCGCCGUCAAGACUUUAAAUGAAAAUGCAACAAUGAGUGACCGCUGUGAUUUCCUUCAAGAAGCCACAAAUAUGAAGAAAUUUGUGUGUCACCAUGUGGUGCGAUUGAUAGGUGUUGUCUCCAAAACUCAGCCCACCUUUGUGAUCAUGGAGCUGAUGGCAAAUGGCGACCUAAAGAACUUCCUACGUAAACAUCGGCCAGAUGACGAAGAUAAUUGUGGGAGACAACUGCAAGUGAAAGAGAUAUUGCAGAUGGCAGGUGAAAUAGCCGAUGGAAUGGCUUACCUGGGCUUCAAAAAGUUUGUACAUCGGGAUUUGGCCGCCAGGAACUGCAUGGUUGCUGCUGACAACACAGUGAAAAUUGGAGAUUUUGGAAUGACAAGAGACAUCUAUGAGACAGAUUAUUACAGAAAACAGGGCAAGGGUCUACUUCCUGUGAGAUGGAUGCCUCCAGAGUCAUUAAAAGAUGGCAAAUAUUCUUACGAGUCUGACGUCUGGUCGUACGGUGUGGUUUUAUGGGAAAUGGCCACACUAGCUGCCCAGCCGUACCAAGGGCUGGCAAAUGAACAAGUGCUUCGCUAUGUUUUGGAUGGUAAAAUCAUGGAAAAGCCAGAGGGGUGUCCAGACCAACUGUAUGACCUCAUGUUGCUAUGCUGGCAAUUCAAACCCAAACAGAGACCAACAUUUUUGGAUAUUAUAGAAAGACUUAUUCCUGAUUUGAAUCCAUCUUUUAAAAAUGUGUCCUAUUUCUUUAGUAAUGAAAAUAACCCAGACAAUCGUGAAAUGUACACGGAGGAGUGUGAAGACCAAUUACUGGACGGUGAUAUAGACACAGCUCAUAUACCACUUACAAACUCACUGGGGGAGCUUGAGCCCUUGCAGUAUGAAAUGCGGGUCCACCGCCCUGCUAAUGACAUUUCACCGCACAGCGAGGACGGUCGGCGUGCUGAAGAGGCCGAGGCAGGAGCCUGUGCUGAUCCAGCGCGACGCGUCAGCGUUUCAUCCAAUCCUACAAGUGCAAUAAGCUCGAAUGGUGACAGUAAAGGAAGCAGUAAAAGUAGUACUGGUAGCUAUGCACAUAGGAACGGUUUGGCCAAUGGACAUGGCCCAUUUCCACAGACAACUCUCUGCUAGCACAGGCUGACUUAGGCUGCUCUAGUGCUCUGCUUUUACCACAGUUGCCUCCCCUGAAAGGGAACUCGCUUGUGUGGGGAGGCCCAUUUGGCCACACAUGAAUGUAGUCUUCAGAUUUUCAGUGAUAUCAGCAGUGGAAGAUCUGCCUGACAAGCUAGCCGGCAAAGUGUGGCGACAAAGCCAAAUGAGGUUUUGUGUAUAAUUUCAAAAUGUUUACCUACAGCCAUGAGUUGGAAAACGGCCAGAUCAAGACAAAAGCCAUGUGAGAAUUCUGCUGUGUGGAAGUGUUAUAUAUGACCAUUAUAAAGCAGACUGUAUCAUGUUUCAACCUGUGAGGUUACCUCAUAUAACUCACUAAUCAUCACUUUACAUAUCCAGUGGGUCUUCUUUCUGCUGCCUUGGCUGUGCAUAACAAGGCCAUCACAUUACCGACCAUUUGGGGUUGAAUGUGAAUUCUCAUGGAAUCCCCAAAGGUUUAUACAGCAUGUGUUUGUACUGGGCUAGUAAAAUCAAGAAGGGUCUUCCUUUCCGUCACCAGCUGUAACCCAUAAAGCACUAUGGGCUGGCAUCAAAUCAUCCGUAUUUUCUUUAAUUUUAUUAUUAAAAUUUUUAUUGAGACACUGAAAGAGAAAAUUAAGUAUUCGUCCCGGUUAAAAAUGCAUGCAAUGUUUACAUACCUGAGGAAUGUUCUCGCCACUGAAAUAUUGCUGAUGUGGCGUUAAGCCGUAAUCAUUUAUUCAUACCUGAGAAUGGUGUGUACUUGGUAUUAGUGUACACCUGUGGUGUAUUUGGGCAUGUAGUGUGAGCUCACCCCUCAAUGCUGUGCUUUCCAAUGUCACUCAUUGCAUUGUAUCGGAACACUCAUUCUUGACUGACUCAUGAACACAAGAGAUGACUCGUUAAUCAGAACUUGUAAGAUUUUGGUUUUGGCAAAGAUUGCUGGUUCAAACUUCAGCUAGAUGAAUCUGUGGCACUAGCAGUCAAAGUUCCACAAGCUAAAUGUAGGAACACUUUAAAUCUGUUCAAGUUUCUUUUCCUCUGUCUAUACAAGCUUUAUUGUCAUUGAAUUGCCUACUUCACAUGGGGAC